CUCAUGAUGGCUGUUAGUCCUCCACGCUCAUCCUGCUCCUCCAUCACUGCAGCUCCAUCCACUCCGGCAGCCUCCCACUGAAUUUGACACCUGCAGGCGCAGAUGGGAAACAAACUGCAGCGGUCACCUUGUUAGGACGAUAAUGGAUCAAGUGUGACUUCUUCACGCUCCCGUCCAGUUGGCCGCCCUAACUCAGUAGCUAUGGCAACCUGUCAGAGGGGCUGCGCACCAGCUGUGCGCUUUUGUCAGAGGCUGAACCGACUCAAAACACUGGAUGAUGACAUGAUGGCCACGUCACUGAAACGCUGCCUCUCCACCUUGGACCUGACGCUGUUGGGCGUCGGCGGCAUGGUGGGCUCCGGGCUGUAUGUCCUGACAGGCACAGUGGCUAAAGACAUGGUCGGGCCUGCUGUCAUUGUAUCCUUCAUUUUUGCAGGAAUUGCCUCUUUGUUGGCAGCCUUUUGUUACGCAGAGUUUGGAGCGCGCAUUCCCAAAACAGGAUCGGCGUACAUGUUUACUUAUGUCUCUGUGGGAGAGAUCUGGGCCUUUCUGAUCGGAUGGAAUGUGAUUCUAGAGAAUAUGAUCGGUGGGGCCGCCGUGGCGCGAGCGUGGAGUGGAUAUCUGGACUCCAUUUUUAACCACGCCAUCCAAAACUUUACUGAAACCCAUAUCAUGCGGUGGGAUGUGCCCUUCCUUGCCCAUUACCCAGACCUACUCGCUGCAGGAAUUCUAGUGGUUGCCUCUCUUUUUAUUUCCUUUGGAGUUAAAGUGUCCUCUUACCUCAAUCACAUUUUUUCCACAAUCAGUAUGUGUAUCAUAGUUUUCAUCCUGAUCUUUGGAUUUAUGCUGGCAGAACCCGCCAAUUGGAGUCAAAAAGAAGGAGGUUUUGCACCUUUUGGAUGGUCUGGAAUCUUGGCAGGCUCAGCCACAUGCUUCUACGCAUUUGUAGGUUUUGAUGUGAUUGCAUCCUCAAGUGAGGAGGCCAAGAAUCCUCAGAAGGCUGUUCCUAUUGCCACAGCAAUAUCCCUAGGACUGGCAGCUGCAGCCUACAUCUUGGUGUCCACAGUGCUCACAUUAAUGGUUCCCUGGCAUACUCUGGACCCCAACUCGGCUCUGGCAGAUGCUUUUUUCCGCCGAGGCUACAGUUGGGCUGGAGUUAUUGUGGCUGUGGGUUCCAUCUGCGCCAUGAACACUGUGCUGCUGUGCAAUCUCUUCUCCCUGCCUCGGAUUGUGUACGCAAUGGCAGAAGAUGGAUUGUUUUUCAAAAUCUUUGCACGGGUCCAUCCCACCACCAAAGUCCCCGUCAAUGCUAUUCUAGUUUUUGGAGUCCUCAUGGCCACAAUGGCUCUCAUUUUCGAUCUGGAGGCGUUGGUUCAGUUCUUGUCCAUUGGGACCCUGCUGGCCUACACCUUCGUGGCAGCGAGCGUCAUAGUUCUUCGCUUCCAACCAGAGAAAAGCAGCUCCAAAGGGACUUCAUCCACGUCUCCAGUCACUAAUGCUGAACCUUCUCCUGCCCCCUCGGAAUGUCAGAACAUAUCAGAGGACAGUGGUGAGCUGAAACAGUACGAGUCCUUCUCAGACAAGCUCCAGUUGGUGGAGAGGCAGAAGACAAGGGAACGCAGAGGGGCGGGCCAGCUGAGGGCCUACUGGGAACCUUACCUCGGCCGGCUGCUUGGUAACUGCGAGCCCGGCGAGGUGGUGGCCCUGUGUGUGCUCGGUCUGAUCGUGAGCUCGGUGUCGCUAUGUGUUGUGGUGGUAUUCGGACUCACGCAGAUGCAGCUGCCACUCUGGAGCUUUGCCACAUUGGUGGUGAUUUUCAGCCUGGCCUACGUUACUUGCAUGGCACUCAUAUGGGUUCAUGAGCCUCAGACUAACACCAAAACAUUCCAGGUACCAGUGGUUCCAUUGACACCAGGGGCCAGUAUCCUCAUUAAUGUAUUCCUUAUGAUGAAGCUCAGCCCUCUAACCUGGAUUAGGUUCACUAUCUGGAUUGUCGUAGGUCUCUUUGUGUAUUUCAGCUAUGGGAUUUGGCACAGCAAAGAGGGCAUGAGAGAGCUGCAGCCCAAAGACAUGGCUGCCCGCUACGUCGUGCUCCCCAGCGGCAGCCUCGUAGAAACCGUGGAGUCCGUCCAGCCCGAUGGACAAGUGGACACCUCAGCGCCUCACAUGAACCCUUCAGCCGCCACCACGACCGAGGAGUAUCCCGUAAGAAGAUGAUGUGUGAGCAAACAUGACGGUUCUAACUGCCUGCCGUGUACUGUACUACCCUUCUCGCUUGUUUAUACACAUUGUAAGUCACACCUGCUGCUUUCUGUACACAUCGCUUUGCAAGUUUAAGCACACCCUUCGAACGAGACGUGCAUCCUCUGUCUUGUUGUGAAGCUUAUUUGUAUAUCUUGUAAUACUCAAAGCAGAGUGCUUUCUCACCAAUCUCCUAGCGUCAGAUAUACUUCAAACCAAGGUUGUAGGUUAAAUGCUCUAUGGUGCUUUUUCUGUGACAACCUCUUCUUAAAGCUCUGCUGGGUUUUGACACAAUUUUAUAUAAAGUUGGGAAUUUAACAUCAAGCCAAAAAUCCUGAGUGUAAUCAGCAAUUAUGUGAUUAAUUUGUCUCAUUUUAUUUAAUUAAGCCUCAGGAGGAAUUCAAAUAAUGUGCAUCAAUUAGCACAAAUAUCUUAGUGGUACAUUCCAACUGUGCUGGACUGAGUGGCUUCUCACCAAUUAUUUAAUUUCAUAUGCUAAGCUGUGUGUUUAUACCAGUGGUUCUUAACCUUGUUGGAUGUACCGAACCCCACCAGUUUCAUAUGCGCAUUCACCGAACCCUUCUUUAGUGAAAAAUAAAAUGAUGUUUUUUUUUCAAAUUCAAGACAAAGUUAUAUGUUUUUGGUAACACUUUAGUAUGGGGAACAUAUUCUAAGUAACAAAGACUUAAUUUAGAGUUAUUUGGUUAGGGUUAUGGUUAGAGGGUUAGAGCCAGGGUUAGAAUAAGGCCAUGCCGAAUAAGGCAUUAAUAAGUACUUAAUAAUGACUAGUUAAGAGCCAAUAUGUUACUAAUUUGCAUGUUAAUAAGCAACUAAUUAAUGGUGAAUAUGUUCCCCAUACUAAUGUGUUACUAUGUUUUAUUACUGGUGCACAAAAUGAACCGUGCAUGAACAUCACCUUGUUCAAAGAACAAAACCAACAGAGUGCAUAAACUCACAACAAAUUACACAGCUGCAAAUUAGUCUGACUUCUGCUGUUGCCGUAUCCGUAAUACGCCGAUAGGGAAAAGUUUUUAUUUACACGAUGAGUCGGGUGUGUCUUGACCUACGCCGAAACCCUUAGCCCGACUCACCGAACCCCUAGGGUUCGAUCGAACCCAGGUUAAGAACCACUGGUUUAUACAGUAUUUAUCUUAUUAUAAUUGAUUAUUUUUUUAGGCCUACUAUUAACUUGUUUUUCCAGUUGUGUGUUCCUGCCACAGUUGAUUUUUGUGUGUGUUCACUGUUCACCCAUGAGUGACGUUUCCCACCGACUAUCCCCUAAAAAAGAGCAACACGUCAGUGCUUAAUCUCCCAAAUCUCAUCCCAUGACCCUGAGCUCCUUUGUGUCACAAUUAAGUGUUUUUCUUCAAGCACUGUUAAACAGCACACAUUUCUCUUGUCACUAACAUCAUCAUAGAUAUAAAAGCACAGCAGUUCAUUUAUGGUGGCCAUAAAAAGUUUUACAAACUAUAAAACACUUUUAUACAUUGCAUCAAAAAAAUUGAUUUUCAGAAAACAAAAUAACAUACAUUGCUUAUCACAGUCUUCUCACACCUCAUUUGAGCUUCAAAUUUUGCAGUUUUACAAGAUUACAGAUUUUUUAUUUUUCUGUAAGAAUAUUCUACAACAUUUUACCCUAAAUAAGUUUUCUCAAUCACUUAAUGUUAUGCCUCCCCACCCCCAAAAGAAAACAUUGCACGCCCCCUCACUCUCCACAAUUAUAAAUAGAAUAAUUUAUCUACAAAAUUGUUAUAAGUACACCUCUACCAAUGUUCCCUCUAAUUGUUCAUGUGUCUGAGCAAACACAAAAACUCCCUGAGCAUUCAGUGGAGCACAUGUGAGCAACAUCACACGUGGCAAUACCAGCAGCACACCUGUCUCAAACCAAUCUUUUAUAACACUCAAAUGACAGGAGUCAUUUUCAUGAGUUUAUUUUGUAAUAUUAGUGAUUUGGCCCACUUGUAAUGAAAAUAAAAGAAAUCUUGUUUUUCAUAAGCUAUGGAUUAGUAUUGUACAAUAUGUCUGGGUGGGGGUCCUGCUUUGGAAAUCUUUUGUACCCCUUUCAGAGAUCACAUUUAGUUCCCCUUAAACAUCCUCAUGUUGCACAAUGAAAUGUAAGCAUAGGAUGAAGUGUGCAUUCCUGUAACUUUCUCUAGUAACAUCAUUCCAUGAUUAAUAUAAAUAAAUUAACAUUAAUAAUAAAUGACAGUAAAAUAAGCACACGUAUUGAGGAGUCAUAGUGUAACUUUGUGUGGUGUUUGAGUUAUCCGACUUUUUGUGUGGCCAUAAACGCACCAGUGGCUUAGUGGUAUGCGUGUUGGUGACAGAUGACAAGUUGGUUUUGGCCUGGUUUGUACGGCAGAAAAUUACUAGUUUUUCGAGAUAGAAGUUUUUUACUCAUGUUUUUGGUGUGGUUAUGUCCGAAUAUAAACAGUUUUGCUCAAUAAAGUGAUCGAUAUAAUUCCUGUCCUCGAAGCAUCUCGAUAGACGUUACAAUAAUUGAACGGUGUUCAAUUGAACGGUGUUGACGAACACCCUUAGGGCCGCCUGUUGUCACUGUCACUCAGAGUUGCAUUGCAAAAUUACACAGAAUAAAUGUGUUUAUUUUGUUUAGAAUUCAGAUGGGAUUUGAUUUGGUGCGCGGCAUAUAUUUGCUGUGCGCAGAGGACGCUUGAGCAGUGCGCAAUUGCGCAGGCGCGCACCUUAGAGGGAACGUUGACCUCUACAUAACAUUGUAUCCUUACGAACAUUAUAGAAAAAUAAAUAGAUAUAGAUCAACUUACAAAAAAGAUCAACUUUAUUAAUAUAAUUUUUUUGUCUGUAACAUAAAAGAUAUAAAGUGUGUCAAUUUGCCCGAAGUUAAAAACAAAUAUAUAUUUAAAAAAGAUUGGACUGGAUUGAACCUAAUGAUACUGAAAAAAACAUUUCAUAAACUCAAUAAAUUAUAACAAAUUCAAAUUCAUCAGCAGCAUUACCUCAAGAGCACACCUUAACCUACAAAUAAAAAAAUGAAUAAAACAAUUUGUGCUAACUUUUCUCAUCAAAAAGAUGAAGUCAGGAUUAAUGGUUACAAUGAGCACGUUUUUAGUGCACAGCUUGGGGUUUGAAGCAUAAUACUGAUAAAGCCCGGGGUCACUCACCCCCUAACUCACUAUUUCAGAAGAAAUGCCCUAAGUUAAGCAUUUCAAGCAUACAUUGGCUAAAUGAACCAUACAUAUCAAUACUACAGUGAUAUAGGCCACUAAUACGCUCUCAUAAUGUUGAAAAAUGUCUUUAGAACGUGCUAAGCUACGAAAAUAUUUGAUUUAUGAAUAUUUUGAUUUUGAUUUUUACUAAGGAUCCCCGUUAGCUGGUUGCCUCAACAACCCACCAGUCUUCCUGGGGUCCACAAUUCAAUACAAUUGCAAGUAAAAGCAUAUCAUUAUAACUACACAAUACAGAAAAAAAUCAAAAAUAAAAGCAUCAAUAAGAAAACAAGCAAACAAUUUACAGUCACAGAAUAAUAAUGACCAUAUAAAUAUAACUACACAAUUUAAAACCAAACAGAUCAUCAACGAGCAAACUAAUUUAAAGACUCAGAUAAAACAUUACUUUCUUUUUAAAAACCUGUUUACUUUCAAUGCCGGUGAGAAUUUGAGGCAGGUUAUUCCAGAACGAUACAGAUCUAUAAAUAAAAGAUUUCAGCAAAGCAUUCUUCCUGGGACGAGGGAGUACAAAAUGCCCCUCACUGCACUGUAAAAAAAAAAAGAAAGUUGAGAAAACGCAAAUUUUCAAGGCAACAUGAUGCAACAAGAUUUUUGCGUUUUCUCAACUUUUGACUACUGCUAAAUAGUGAAAUACAAUAUGCAAUUGUUGGACUAAUUAUAGUUUUCAAGUUAGUCAGACUCAGAAAUAAGGUUUCACUAUGUUUAACUACCAAAACAGUGUCUGGCCAGCAGUAGUCAAAAGUUGAGAAAACGCAAAAAUCUUGUUGCAUCAUGUUGCCUUGAAAAUUUGCGUUUUCUCAACUUUUUUUUUUUUUACAGUGUGGACGCCCUGGUAUUAUGAUUAUGUAUAGUGCUACUGUGAACUAUAUUGAUUCCCACUUCGCGGAAAUUACUUCAUCACUGUCAUGUCCAGAACCAAUCGGCAUCGAUAAACGAGGGAUUACCGUCUAUACAUAAAAUGUGUUUUGCAAUUCCCAGCCACCAUAUUAAUUAGCGUUUUAUCGUCAUUCAUCAGAAUGGAUUUAGCACAAAUGAACUGACAUUACAUGUUGGCAGGGGGAUGCAUACAUUCUGACCUCUGCUACAGAUAGUAAACAUUCCCACACUUGUGCAUAUUAAACAAGUAUCUGAUGUUCAAACGUGUAUAUUUUCAUUUCUUGUCUGCUUAUAAAACCAAUGGCCUUAAACAUGUAAAUCAAGGAAUCGUUUUACUCCACAAUAGAUUGCACUCUGCAGCGAGGAUGUUACAUGUCAUUAUCACAAUGUGUAAACCAAAUACAAACUGAAUGUAAAAGGUUUAGUUUUGGAGGGAGGCCCCAAAUAAUUUGCACAGUAUUUUAAAAUGUGUUUUUCAUGCUUGCACCAAAAAGCACAGACAUUAAUAUUAUUAUUAUUAUUAUUAUUAUCAUGACAGUCCUUCUUUCCAGUGGUGUUGCUCCUGCACAUUACAGUCUCCAUCUUUCAAUUGUGUCUGUAUGAAAGUGCUGUGUCCUAAAUGUAAAAUAAAUGUUUUGAAGCAGUGUUCGUAAAAAUCUUCUUGAAUAAUACCCAAGCGGUACAGUACACCCUAAUAUAACGUCAGGUAUAUUCAAUGUCUUGUCAGAUAUUUUUUUAAAUUUCAAGACAUGAAUAAUAACUGACUCCUUGAAUAUGCAGUAUUACCUGUCGGCAGUGUGGAUAGUUUGAGACAUUAAGCGGUAAUCAACAUAUUAAUCACAGACACGUGGUGACAGAAGAAUUACCUUAACUUUAUUUUCAUGCUUGAGUUGUGAUAAUGUCAGGGAUUUAACUCUCAGCUGGUUUUUUAAACAACAAAAAACAAAACAUUACCGACAAUGAUAUGUAUGUUUAAUCUACAGUCGUGCUCAUAAGU